GGAGGCGGAGGCGGAGGCGGAGGCGCUGUGUUGUGGUCUGAGGGGAAAAGCUGCCGCUGGCUUUUAUGCGCAGCUGAAACUGACCCGUGACCUGUGACCUGUGUGGAAUUACUCUGCUGAUAUUUUCGGAGUGACCUUGCGCUGCUCCGCUCGCGCUGCCAAGCUUGACCUCAGUUUUCUGAAGUGCGGUGUGUUCAGAAAGAGUUGUCUGAAGAGCGGUGGAUUUAGAAAUAGUUGCCUGAAGAGUGGUGGAUUUAGAAAUAGUUACCUGAAGUGCUGUUGAUUUAGAAAUAGUUGCCUGAAUUGCGGUGGGUUUUAGACAGAGCAGUCUGAAGUGCGGUGGGUUUUAGACAGAGCCGUCUGAAGUGCGGUGGGUUUUAGACAGAGCCGUCUGAACUGCGGUGGGUUUUAGACAGAGCCGUCUGAACUGCGGUGGGUUUUAGACAGAGCCGUCUGAACUGCGAAGGGUUUUAUAUGAAGAGAGCUGCCCCAGGCUGCCUGUACUGCGGUGUGUUGUAAUCAGACCGGGGUCUUCAGCUGGACGCACAGGUUUGCUCCUCUUGCCGGUAUCAUGGUGGAACUGACCUCUCUCACUUCUUACUGGCCUCUCAUCCGAUUCCUGCUUCCUCUCGCAAUUACCAACAUAGCCAUCGAUUUCGGAGAGCAGGCUCUGAACAGAGGAAUCGCCUCAGUAAAGGAGGACCGUGUGCAGAUGCUGGCCAGCUAUGGACUGGCCUACUCUCUGAUGAAGUUCUUCACCGGACCCAUGAGUGACUUUAAGAGCGUCGGGUUGGUGCUCGUCCACAGCAGGAAGGACAGAAACAAGGCCUUGCUCUGUAUGGCUGUGGCUGGUACCAUAGCCAUGAUCCUCCAUAUCCUCAUAGCUUACACAGAUCUGGGAUAUUACGUCAUCAACAAGCUCCACCAUGUGGACGAAUCAGUCGGCGGCAAGACACGAAAGGCCUUCCUGUACCUCGCAGUGUUCCCCUUGCUGGAUUCCAUGGCGUGGAUUCACUCUGGCAUCCUUCUAAAGCACAAAUACAGCCUGUUGGUGGGCUCUGCCUCCAUCUCAGAUGUUGUAGCUCAGAUCGUGUUUGUGGCAAUUUUGCUGCAGAGUAACCUGGAGUGUGUUGAACCUUUGCUCAUCCCCAUCCUGUCUCUGUACAUGGGAGCACUGGUGCGCUUUACCAUCGUGGGACUGGGCUACUACUGCAACAUCCACAACACCUUCCCUCAGUCCAGCAGCCAGGAAGUGGGGGGCAAUACCAGCGUAAAGAAGAUGUUGAACUUCUGGUGGCCGCUGGCGCUCAUUCUUGCCACCCAGAGGAUCAGCAGGCCUGUCGUCAACCUCUUCGUGUCCAGAGACCUCAAGGGCAGUGCUGCUGCAACGGAGGCUGUAGCAGUCCUCACAGCCACCUACCCCGUGGGACACAUGCCCUAUGGCUGGCUGACAGAACUGCGAGCCAUCUACCCAGCCUUCGACAAGAAUAAUCCCACCAACAAGCUGGCGGGUGGUACUGCAGUGACCAAAUCUCAAAUCAAGAGGUUCACAUUUGCCUGCUUCACUUUGUCCUUAACGAUGUGCUUCAUGGUGUUCUGGAUACCUGGCGUGUCCAAGCGGAUCCUGGUGGACGUAAUAGGGGUGGAUGCCGGGUUCGCACAGCUCUGCAUUGUUCCUCUGCGGAUCUUCUCCUUCUUCCCUGUGCCAGUGACACUUCGGGCUCAUCUGACAGGCUGGCUGAUGACCCUGAAGAAGACCUUCGUGUUGGCGCCCAGCUCUGCGCUGAGGAUCGCUGUGCUGAUCAUAAGCCUGACUGUGCUUCCCUAUAUGGGGAUCCAUGGUGCUACGCUGGGAGUGGGCUCUCUGCUGGCUGGCUUCCUGGGGGAGGCCACAAUGGUGGCGGUGGCUGCGUGCUAUGUGUACCGAAAACAGCGGAAAAAACCGGACAUGGUCGUGCAGGUAGAGGACGCUGCUCCGAUGACUGACGUCCCAUCCAGGACUCAACCGGAUAGCGUCCAAGAAAUCACAGAGGAAGACGGGCAAGUGGAGGAAGACGGAGAGCGAAUUGAAGGGUGAAAAGGGGAAAAGGCGGCUGGACAGGAUGAAUCGAUCUAACAUCCUGACAAGGUUUUUGCCUAUAACUGAAAUAACGGUGCAAAUAAGGACAGUUUGUUGGACAUUCCACUGUAUCCCACUUCUGACACCAACACAACACAGGACCGCCUGCUGUGGGAUGUGGACAUUGAGACUAAAGCCUGAAUUUAUGUACACUAUAUGUCCAAAAGCAUUCAGACACCCUUGUAAUUAGUGAAUUCAGCCACUUGAAGGUGCUGACAUGUUCAUUUGUCCACACAGCUAGCUUAUAUAACCUCAAUAGAAAUGCAUUGGGGGCUGUGGAGCAGUGGCACUGUGUUCUUUGGGGUGUUGGAACACAUUGAAUAUCAUCCAACAGCAGUACAUGACCUCACUGAUGCUGUUGUGGCCGAAUACAAUCAAAUCCUCAUAGCAAUGUCGCAAAAUUAAGGUUAAAGCCCUCCCAGAAGAGUAGAAGAUGUUACUGUGGCAAAGGGGGACAAAAUCCCCAUUAAUACUCUUCAUUUCAAAAGAAAUGCAAGCGUCUAUACUUUUGGACAUGUAGUGUAUCUGCUAUAGCACUUUCUGCACUGAUGGAAACUUUUUAACUUUUUUUUUUUGCACUUACAAGUUCUAGCAAGACUUCCUGCACAGCAGCCGACAAACAAACCUUUGCCAAAGCAGCAGGACUGGUGACCCGGUGGAUGUUUGUGCACUCGUUUUUUGAGCUUGGCUGUCAAAAACAACAAGUAACUGUGUGAAGGGAGAUGAUCACCCACCCUAAGAUUCAUCGACAGCAGAUCGAGGCGGAGGUGUGGAGACCUGCUAGCUGCUGAACUCUGCCAAAACAUACGGGCUGGGCUUGUUUUGGCCUUGAAACGCACAAUAGCUGUUAGCGCACAAUAGUUACAGCACAUUUACUCUGGUGAAAUGUAUAUUUUGUUUGGGCUCUAAUUUUGAGGGAUAUUACAUAUAUAUUUUGAAUUCUUUUAUAUUUUUAUAAAUGCCAGAUAUUCCGCUUUUUGUCUAGUUUUCUAUAAGAGGUUUAGCUUUUGUUUUAAGUAAAGCCCAUUGAGGUAAAGAAACUUCACUGAGAAAUAUUAACACCGGCAACAGGACAUCAAUACUGGACUGCAGUAAGAGUUUUUCAGAGUUCUGAGAGUUUCAAGCAGGAUAUGUUGUGGUUUGAUUGCAGCGUAAAAGCCUUCACAUCCCUGGAAUAAAGAUAGCUUAGAGAAACCAUGUAGAACCAUUCCCAAUCCCAAGAUCCUUGGCGUAAGUCCAUGAUGACAUGCACUCCAUGACCUCCUCAAACCUUCAAACACUGAAUAACAAAGUCCAUGAAAGCUCACCUGAUUACAUGAAUGAGUUCUCACUGUUUACAAGUGAUUUGUGGUACUAUGCAAAAGUCAGAGUGAGUCACUCUCUCCCUUCAUUCCAGCUUCCGUUCUUCUCAGGAGACUCACUUUCAGCUCCUCAAAGAACCUGCAGACACG